GGCAGACAAUACCGCGCCCCCGGAGCCGGGCAGCCCGGAGCGCCCCUGCCCCGCUCCCAGCCCAAUCAUGAUGUCCAUGAACAGCAAGCAGGCUUUCAGCAUGCACCCCAUCCUGCACGAGCCCAAGUACCCCCACCUGCACACCAGCUCCGAAGCCAUCCGCAGAGCCUGCCUGCCCGCCCCCCAGAUCCAGGGUAACAUUUUUGCGGGCUUUGAUGAGACCUUGCUACGGGGCGCCGAGGCUCUGGCCGCUGUGGAUAUAGUAUCGCAGAAAACCCAUCCGUUCAAGCCGGAUGCCACCUACCACACCAUGAGCAGCGUGUCCUGCACUCCUACCUCGUCCUCUGUGCACCUGCACCACCCGUCCGUGCUGACCACCCACCACCCCCACCACCACCACCAUCAGCCCGCGCAGGGCCUGGAGGGAGAGCUCCUGGACCACCUCAACUCUGCCCUCCCCCUGGGAGGGGUGCCGGGUCCCGACGUGGGCUCCACGCCGUCCCACCCUCAUUCCCACAUGUCGGCCAUUAACCACAUGGCCCACCACUCCCAACCUAUGAACAUGUCCCACCCCCACGGCCUGGCGUCCCACGCCGUCAUCUCGGGCCCCGAGACAGAGACGGACCCACGGGAGCUGGAGUCCUUCGCCGAGCGCUUCAAGCAGCGGAGGAUCAAGCUGGGGGUGACCCAGGCAGAUGUUGGAUCUGCGUUGGCCAACCUGAAGAUCCCGGGGGUGGGCUGCCUUAGCCAAAGCACAAUCUGUAGGUUCGAGUCUCUCACCUUGUCCCACAACAACAUGGUGGCCCUCAAACCCAUUUUAGAAGCCUGGCUGGAGGAGGCCGAGCGGGCCCAGAGGGAGAAAAUGACCAAACCGGAGAUCUACACGGGAGGUGACAAGAAACGCAAGCGCACCUCCAUCGCUGCUCCCGAAAAGCGCUCGCUGGAGGCUUACUUUGCCGUGCAGCCACGGCCCUCCUCGGAGAAAAUCGCCGCCAUCGCCGAGAAGUUAGACUUGAAGAAGAACGUGGUGAGGGUCUGGUUUUGCAAUCAGAGACAGAAGCAGAAAAGGAUGAAAUUUUCUGCCACUUACUGAAGAUGGGGCUGGGAAGGCGGCGGGGGCAGUGCCUGGCUCUCCGGCUGACGUGGCCCCCCCCCCCCCCCCCAGCCAAUAUUCCCCCCAGAACUGGGCAGGGUUUGGGUUGAUUUUUUUUUUGUUUGUUUUGUUUACAAAAAUUGAAAAGGAAAAAAAAAUAGGGGGGGGAAAAAAAAAAAACAAACCUUAAAAGGGAAACCCACCCAAAGCGAUGCGAACGGCUCAGCUCAGUGCCCGCUCCUCGCCGCCGCGGGCACAGUGGCCCCGCUGUCAUGACUGGUACAGACUGCUUUUGUAGACUAAACUGGAGGGGGGAAAAAGUGGAGAAAAUGGAGAAGCUGAAAUGAAAGGUCCGGGUGGGGGGGGGGGGUUGGGGAGGGGGGAGCUAUGGGGGUGCUCAGGGCCAGGGCAGCGGCGGUGAGAGCCCGACGGGGCUUUGUCGCAGCCUCUUCCUGGCUUGGGUAGGCAAAGGGUUUGGGGCACCGCUCCCUCCUCAGUGUCCCGUCUUCUUCUUUUUAAAAACGAAAAGGAAAAAAAAAAUAACUUAAAAAAAAAAAAAAAAAACAAAUAGAAAAGAAAGGGAACGAGCUGAAGCCGCCCCGACGGCUGUAAAUACGAAGGCGCCGGCCCGUGCCCCCCCCCUCCCCCUACCCUGCGCUCGCUGCCCGGUCCCUGCGCGCACACACACACACACGCACUUGCAUGGUUUUGUUCGCUGUCCCCUCGCAUUUUUGCAAUAAUGUUUCUGUUUCUACCUCAUCAGCUACAUUAAAAAAAAAAAAAAGUUUAAAAAAAAAAGAAAAAAAAAAAACGGAAAGAAAAAAAAAAUAAUUGUUUUUGGCACUUCCCUGGAAGUCACCGUUUAUUCGGGGGGAAAAAAAGAAAAAAAAAAGGAAAUUUAUUUCGCUUUGGUUUUUGCCCGUAUGGUUUCACUGUAACGUAUCCUACGCUUCGACAAUCAAACCAGUGGGGCUCCCGGGGGCGGCCCGGGGCAGCGGUGCGCGGCGUCCCCGGCAGUACCGAACUGUGCACUUUCUAAGGCAAGAAUACUCUUUUUUUUUCUUCUUCUUCUUUGCAUAUUUAAGAGAGAAAUUUGCCUCCGAAUCCUUUGUUAUUGGCGGGUUUUUCUUUUUUCUUUUUUCUUUUUUUUUUUCGUUUUAUUUUAUUAUUGUUAUUUUUUAAAACUUCUGAUUAUUAUUAUUUAAACGAGAUUUCGUUUCGCUGUGUGUGUGCUGAAUGAAAUUUGGUGUCUGUGUACGCUGCAGCAUUUCAAAUAAACCAUGCACGUUUUACCUCACCCCCCCCUCCUGCCUCCUGCACUUACUGCGCCCGGGGGCGACGCCGGCUCCGCCGCGGGACCCCACCGCGUAUCUCCGUCCUUCCUCCUCCGGGCCGGGGAGCAACGAAAUAAGGCGAGAAGCAUCGAAAGUAGCGCUUAAGCAGCGUUCAGAGCCCGGGGCUGAUUUUUUCCCACGCAAGCCAUGCGCGCAGCGAAGCCCCACGCGCGGAUAUGGGGACGGAGCGAGGAACGCUCACCGACCGCUGUGCCUCUGAGACGGAGGAGUAACUCCGCUCGCAUCGAAACCGCACCGAAAAACGCACUGCAGCUGCCCCGCCGCCGGGCUGGGGGGGCCGGGAGGAGCUGUCAGCGGGUGGGGGGCACGGCACGCACCGAGGGGGUGACGGCUCCUCGGGCUUUUGUUUUGUAACUUCUUAUUUUUCCAGGAGAAAUAAAAGCGAACGCACCGCGCGCAUCGCGGGGCGGUGCUGCACCC